AUGCCUUCCCCAUCUCCCACACUGACAGCUCCCACACUGACAGCUCCCACACUUCACACUAGCAACAUUGGACGAUGUUACUUACGUUCGUUCAUCGAUACAAGUGAGGACAUCGAUAUAAUUGAGGACAUCGAUAUAAGUGAGGACAUCGAUAUAAUUGAGGACAUCGAUAUAAGUGAGGACAUCGAUAUAAUUGAGGACAUCUAUAUAAGUGAGGACAUCGAUAUAAGUGAGGACAUCGAUAUAAGUGAGGACAUCGAUAUAAUUGAGGACAUCGAUAUAAGUGAGGACAUCGAUAUAAUUGAGGACAUCGAUACAAGUGAGGACAUCGAUAUAAUUGAGGACAUCGAUAUAAGUGAGGACAUCGAUAUAAUUGAGGACAUCGAUAUAAGUGAGGACAUCGAUAUAAUUGAGGACAUCUAUAUAAGUGAGGACAUCGAUAUAAGUGAGGACAUCGAUAUAAGUGAGGACAUCGAUAUAAUUGAGGACAUCGAUAUAAGUGAGGACAUCGAUAUAAUUGAGGACAUCGAUACAAGUGAGGACAUCGAUAUAAUUGAGGACAUCGAUACAAGUGAGGACAUCGAUAUAAUUGAGGACAUCUAUAUAAGUGAGGACAUCGAUAUAAGUGAGGACAUCUAUAUAAGUGAGGACAUCGAUAUAAGUGAGGACAUCGAUAUAAGUGAGGACAUCGAUAUAAUUGAGGACCACUUCUAUCAUCUAGGAGAGGGUGAGGCUGAGAGUUUGGAUCUCAAUUAUUGUGGCUACACAUUUGGCUCAUGA